AUGGUAGGUUGUAAUACUCCUGAUGGUUAUGCUGACAUAGUUUUUAUUUGUGGAGAAUUUAAAUCAACUAAGCAAAUUUCUGAUAAAGAAUUACUUUCACAAGCAUUCAGUUCUCAUUUAGAAAAGAAAACUAGAGAGCUAGAAAAAGAGUUAUCAACUGCUAAAGAAGGGUUAAAAAUCAAAAGAGAAGAAGUAGCCAAGUUUCAGGAAAAAUCUGAAGA